ACACACUCGUCGCGGCAUGAGUUUGUCAGAAGAAUACCUGCCGAGUUACGUGCGCCGGAAUACAUUGAACUGCGGUAACCGAAUAUCAGUGGAUUCCACAAUGAUUUAAUUCUUUAUAUAAUGACGAUACUUCUAGGCAGAACAAGGUACGUACUGAGUUGUGUUCAUGAAGAAUCAAAUGGCUGAUAAGAACAUCAAAGUAAUCCAUCAGUUUCUUUUGGAUCAUAAUUUUGAAAGUACUGCUGAAGCUUUGAUGCAAGAAGCUUCAAAAAUGGGCUUACAAAAUUUGGAAUGUAAAUUAGAAGAAGUUACAGAUCCUUAUGUUCAACUAAUGCUAUGCUACAAUACCGGAGAUUAUUCAACGUUUUUCCAAUUGUGGAAUGAUUCAUUCUCUGAUAGUAUUAAACAAUGUGAAGAAUACAAAAAGUUAACGUUUUAUUUACACGUACACUUUGCUGUAUUACCUAAACGUAAAUUACAUGCCGAUCGAUAUAAAGAACAUGAUCUAACAUCAGAAACAAGUACACUGAGAUUGCCUUCAAUAGAAAACAAUCUUCUUUUGGAAAAAAACAAGGAGAGCAAUGCCACUGAAAUCGAAAAAUAUAUAAAUGACAGCAUGAAACAAUUACAAGAUUAUUUGAGUGGGGAUGGCAAGGAGUUAGAACAUGAUUCAGAAUUACAACCGUUUUAUGCGUUACCGUUUAUUGAAGAUAUUUAUGCAAAUACUCUUUUCUCCGAAAUGUUAGACCAGCAUUGGUUGGAUGAGCUAUCCAAAAAUUUAGAUUCGUUUAUAACACGUCACAAACAAGAUUUGAUCAAUUUAGACAAUGUAAAUGCCAAUAAAGCGCAGACUUUAGAACAAGUUCAUACAAUUACCAUGUCAGCAACAAGAACAAGAACUGCGGAAUCGGAUACACAAAAUAACAAAACUACAAAGCAUAACAUGCCGAUUGUGCCGAACGAUAGAGAUAUACCCAUAUUUCUAGAUCACAUCGAUGAGGACCAAUAUAGUUUUUCUAAUCAAACAUGUCUGAAAUCGAAAAGCACACAAACGCACAUUACUGGAAAUCAAAUUACUAUCAAUAAUUCAGUCAAUAAUUUGCGAGAAGAUAUAAUGAAUCCCGGGGAGAGCGUUAACAGUUUGUUGAAGAUGCACAAGUCAGAUAAGAGAUUAAUUCAAUAUAAUCGUGAAUUAGCAUUAACCAAGUCUCAUUUAUGCAGUAUGCAUACAAAUUAUGAGAAGCUAAAAGUGAGAUUUCACAAGUUGCACGCGGAUUAUCAUAAACUGAUAGACGUUGCCGGGGAAUUAACGGUGGCAUUGGAGAAUUCGGUGAAAGGGCGAGACGUUGACGUGCAACGGACACUCGAGAUUUGCAUGAAGAUAUUUCCAGAUUUGUUUAACCAAAAUAUAAGAGAGACUUCGUAUCCGUCCUUGUUGCAACUCGAUCGUAUUGACGUGAAAGCAAUUUCACUGCCUAAACUUGAUGUCGCAACAGUACCGGUACCUCCGAAAUUAUUGGAUUACAAAAAGAUCAAGUUACAUCUAAUUAAUGGGGACGUUAAGACAAAGUUGUUGCUGCUACAAGCAUUGCGUUGGAAAAUAACGCUCGUGCAAUCGACAGAACAGGACGAGGUCCUGCACGAAUAUAUAAGUCGCGAUUUGUUGGGGCUUCACGGACAAAUUGCUAACGACAACGGCAAGUCGAUUCUACCGUGUCUGCUGACAGCGGGAGAAGCUUACGCCAGGCAUCUUUUGCAACAAUUCACUGCACGAUUGCUAAACACCUUGGCAUCCUUCAGAUGCGGAAGAGACUACUUAUCGGUCGGCUCCAUUGUCAUAAAUGUGGCCUUUGCUUGUCUCGACAAUAAUUACGCUGACGGAGUGGAUCCUUUCGCUUGUGACAUGAUGAUGGCGAUGUUACAAAAACUAUCUUUACGUAGGCAGCAACGGAUAUAUAUGAUAGAGAGCGGUCUACUGGAAUGGUUGAUCAAUCACCUACACGAUCAAUGUCGCGUCAUAAGUUUAUACAGGCUCGAAUACGCUACCGCACUUUUAAUGAACUUGUCGUUACAUCGACUAGCACAAGCCAGAGCGUCCAAAAUAUCUUCAUUGCUCAUGUCUACCUUGCUCGUCCUUCUCUCGAUAGAUCAUACAUCUUCGUUACCGUACAUCAACGGAGCACUGAACAAUUUUUUGAGCAAUCCUAUAAUCAAUGAAGAAGCAAGAAAAGUUAAACGUUCGAAUAUAUCAGACUAUCUUAUUGGCAAUAAUCAGAAAAGUGCGGAAAUAAGAAAACAACUUGAUCAUGUACUGAGAAUACAAAGACGUGAAAAUGUUAACACACCGCAGAAUGACGAGACCGGAGAUGAUGAUAACGAAGACUUGGAUGUGUUGGAAAGUGAAUUAGACGAAAACGAUCCACUGCAAAAUUAUAUUGGCGAAUUGAACGGAGAAACGUUGCUUGCAAUGUGUUACAGCGUUUCUUCGAGAAUUUCUCAAGAGGCUGUAAACACGGACACGACUCUGCAGCAAAUAUCUACGCUAAAUCCUAUCGAUUUUUACGACAAUCAACACAAUAAUCACACCUGUAAUAAACAUCCGUCAUAUCCCACGCUAAGGACAGAAGUAAAUUCAAGGAUUAGCAUAAAUAAUAAUAUGCAGUAUCAAUCGAAAUUACGCAGAUCGAAGAAUAGCAUUAAUACAGGAAAAUUGUAUCACAAUAAAUUCAGAAAAACAGGAUUAGAAAAAUUGCCCUUAGAAACGAUGAAAUCAUAUAAGCGAAAUUUCACUGAAAGAAUAAUGCCCAAAGAUACAGUUUAUUUAUAUGAAAAUCGAACUUCCAAGGAUAGCAGUGAAACUGCAGUGACAUCUUCUACGAUUCUUGUAUCCGGUUGCGAGAAUGGCCAAGCAGAAAUUCAGGAGAAAUUCAGUAGUAUAGCGUCGCUGAAUAGUAAUAACUAUAACAGCAAUGAAAUUAACGAUGCUUCAUGGAAAAAUGAUCCAGAACUUGCUAAAGAAGAAGAGGCAUUUUUAGCUAAGCCUAAAUUAUCAAGAACACCUCCAUGAAUGUUACGUCGAAAAUUUUAGACGUUAAUAUUAUAUAAUUUUAUUAUAUCAAAGUUGUAGAAUUAGACGUAGAAUUAGCGGGUGUUUUUUAAUAAAAAUAUUUUUAUUAUCAAUUCCUACAGUAUACUUAUCAUAAAUAGCAUACAAAUGUAACUUUCAAAUAAUAUUUAAAAAAUAAAUACAAAUAACUCUUAAA